AAUGGAGAGAAGAGGAGAAGACAGAGGGGAAGAGAAAGACAGACACCUGCAGACCUGCUUCACCGCUAGUGAAGUGACUCCCCUACAGGUGGGGCUUGAACUGGGAUCCUUAUACGGGUCCUUGUGCUUUGCACCACCUGCACUUUACCUGAUGCACUACCACCCGACUCCCAAUUUUUUUUUAAGUUACUAAAGAAAGCUUUUUUGGCGUGUAUCUCAGCAGGACAUGUCCCUGCACCAGGGACAUGGCAACUGAGAGACAGUUUUUCACAGAGGUCUGUUGGUUUUUCAGAAGAGGUGAUGACAUGAACCUCAGGGCGUGGCUAGGAGUGGAGCAGGACCUUCGGGUGAGAGGUUGUGCGCCCACCUGCCCUGCACCUCACGAGGGCCCCUAUCUCCAGGACUACCCUCUGCCCUGCAGCUGCCAGAAAUAAAAUGGCUGUGAUGUUGGGGAUCUCCCUCCAGGAGCCAGGCUUUUAAGGGGGGGACUAAAGGCCCCACAGGGGUUCCCCCAAACUUAUUUCGGAGUGAGGACCUCUCAUUCUGAGUCUUGCUGUGCAAGCUGGGAGUCUUAACCCCUCAUGAAAAAAAUGAGGUUAACUCUCCCAGCACAUGGGGGGCUUUGGAAACUUCUAGCUCAUGACAGUUUGAAUACUGAAGUUCACCAGGCUGUCUGGGGUUCAGGGAGGCUGUCUUCUUCUCCCUUGGCCCUCCCCAGCUAGGCCCUUCUGCACUGGCGAGUGUGUUUGGUGGUGAUGGUGGGGGGUGUCUGGGCUUGUCUCAGGACAGUGAACAAUUGUUCACUUUGGACCCCUCCCUGGUGGAGCCCAAUCCCUGGGGCCCUCAGCUUCUGCCCCCCAAACCCGUCAAACCAGUUGUUUGGGAGGAGGGGGCACGGGGAGGGACAGCUUUUAAGAAUGCUUAAAGUGGCCACCCUCCUGGGGCCCCAGCCCAGACAGAGCCUCAGACGGACAGAUGGACGGACACUGGGCUCCUGGCCUGGCCAUGGGGCUCAGCAGGGGACAGUGGUGCCUGUUGGUAACCUUGCUGGUGCUGCUGACUUGUCUCCAGCUGGGGACAGGCCUCGAGCGCAUCCCCUACGUGCCCCAGCUCGCCAGCACCGCCCUGGAGGGCAGGCUCACCCAGUCCACCUUCACACUGGAGCAGCCCGGAGGCCAGUUCGCUCACCUCAACAUUUCCGAUCUGGACCCCAUCUGGCUGGUAGUGGCCAACAGCAGGGCUGCCCCAAACUUCACGGCCCCCCCAAAGGCCGAGGGCAGCCCCGUGCCGGCCGAGCUCCCCCGCAGCGGCUACUACCUGACUCUCAGGGCCAACCGGGCGCUGUACCUCAACCCCCUGGACGGUCGCCAGCUCCGGCUGCUGCGUGUAGGCAAUGACACCGGCUGCCUCUGGACCCACAGAAGCUGCAACCACCCCCUGCCCGACCCCGGGCCCUACCGAGUGAAGUUCCUGGUCAUGAGUGACGGGGGGCCUGUGGCAGAGACUGAGUGGUCUGAGGAGAUUGACCUGCAGCGAGCCCAGAGCCUCCAGGCAGCCGCCAGGUCCCACAGCCCCAACUCUGAGGUCAUCAUCACUGCGUUGUCCGUGCUGCUGGCUGUGCUCGCUGCUGCCCUCCUCACCCUGCUGGUCUACACCUGUUUCACCACCUGCAGGAACACCCCCAUCUCUGGCCCAGGGGACCCCAUGCAAGUGAGAAGAUACAACACCCAUCACAUGUUCAGCCCUCCAGCCUCAGGGAGCUCCUAAGGGGCUCCCUACCGGUCCCUCAGCAUCUCUCCUGGGCCAGGCUGUAGAUAGAGCCUGGAAAGGGGGAAGGCAGAGUGUGUUCUGCUCUGGAGAUUCCACAGGGGGUGGGGGUGGGGGAUUCUAGCCUGGGUCUGUCCAUGCCAAAAAUAAAGACCUCAGCAGCCUC